AGCUUUAUUGAUUUGAUAAUUGUAAAUUAAUCUCAUACUGGAAAAAACAUGUUUGGCCAAUUUACAGUCCAUACCACAGUAUUUAAGUUCUCCAGUGCAUUCCUUAAUUUUUUCUGCCUAUUGUCUUGUGCAUUGUCUGUAGGUGAAGCAAACGAUCGGGAUGUUCAGGUCAUUGAGUUGCCCAUCGUGGACAGCCUGCACCCCGGUCCCCCGUACCUGCCCCUGGCCAUCCCUGAAGACCUUGCGGACAGGCUUCAGAGGCUUCAUGGAGACCCACCUGUGUGGUGGGUCUCUCAGUUUGUCAAGUACCUGAUCCGCCCCCAGGCUUGGCUGUUGAAGGAAAUGCAAGAGGCCACCGCCAAGCUGGGCUUCAAGCACCCCAUUAUAGGGGUGCAUGUGCGCCGUACAGAUAAGGUAGGGACGGAGGCGGCAUUCCACCCCAUAGAAGAGUACAUGGUGCAUGUUGAGGACCACUACCAGAGUCUGGCCCAGCGCAUGCAUGUGGAUAAGAAACGGGUUUACCUUGCCACUGACGACCCUUCUCUACUGCAGGAGGCCAAGUCUAAGUAUCCUGAUUAUGAAUUUAUUAGUGAUAAUUCUAUUUCAUGGUCGGCUGGGCUGCACAACCGUUACACUGAAAACUCUCUGAGAGGAGUCAUCCUGGAUAUCCACUUCCUCUCCAGGACCAACUUUUUAGUGUGCACAUUCUCUUCACAGGUGUGUCGAGUGGCCUACGAGAUCAUGCAGACUCUCCACCCAGACGCCUCAUCCUUCUUCUAUUCCCUCGAUGACAUCUACUACUUCGGUGGGCAGAACGCCCACAACCAGAUCGCUAUCUACCCGCACCAAGCACGCAAUAGCGACGACAUUCCGCUUGAGCCGGGAGAUGUGAUCGGCGUUGCGGGCAACCAUUGGGAUGGAAACUCCAAGGGAAUCAACCGCAAAACGGGCCGCACCGGCCUCUACCCCUCUUAUAAAGUCAAAGAGAAGAUUGAGACAGUGAAGUAUCCCACGUACCCAGAAGCGGACAAACUUCUUAAGAAGCCGUAGAUUGAGACAAGGACAGCGCAGAUACUCUUGUUUAUGAAAUGAGGAAACCCUGGACCACCUGGAUGGGGAAUGCACUUGUGUGUGAGUGUGUAUGAAUGUGUUUGUGUAGGUGUGUCUGUGUGUGUGUGUUGUCUAGGGGUUCUUCGCAGGGUUUUGGAACACCUUCCUAACUCUGGUGCUUGGACUUUUGAGUCUCCCUGAAAUGGCAAUCAGGGUCGUGGAAGACAAAAAAACAAAGAGGUUGAACUCAAGGCAACAGAAACGGAAGGCACUGUACUGUAGGUACUUUCUAAUUAAUCUCCGGGUAAUGAAGGGAACUGAAUAUGUUAAUUUAAGAACAGAACUGGAAGAAGUGACUUUGCAACUCUGAACCGAUCAUGACAAAGGAAUCAUAAACCCGGGUUACUCUCGUCCUCCUAUGCUCUUAUACCUCCUUGUGCACAAUGAUGGCAUCCUUUACUCUAGCCUCACUCAACUCGUUUCUGUCAUGCCAUCACUACGCCAACUGACACUCCUCUUCACACCCAUGAGCUAUUAAUUUCCACUGCCAUACUGUGCUUUUAAAUGUGACUUAUGCUGUUUUUAUUUUCAUUGUAAGGUUUAUCAUGUGUUUGUGUGAGUGUGUGUGUGUGAGCGUGUGUGUGUGAGGAUUGGAAAACGGUGCCUAUCAGGGCGAUUGACUCACUUUUACGGGACGAGUUUUGACUCUGGAGCCUUACGGACCAGCCUUUCCACGCAGAUUUACACUCCUUCCCCUCCUUUCCACUUAGUGUCUUAUCCACAGCCAUUUGUCCAUCAUGUUUUUUAAGAGAUCAUUUCAUGUUAUUACAUUAAAAAAAACAAAACAGAUAAGAAAAUGUCACUUAAUAUGAAGAUAAUGAUACUAAUAUUAUUAAUGAGGAUGAUGAUGAUAAGAGAAAGAAUAAUUAUGGUAACAAUGACACUUGCUGUCAUUAUAAAUUUUAGUUAAUCAUGAAGGAGUUGUUCAUUGUUUUAUGUUUGCGGGCAUUGUCUCUUUGGUAAGCAGAUCAAAUAAACUUGAUCAGCCAA